GAGAGGAGGGCAAGCAGAGAAUAUUUUAGAUUUAACACCUCAUUCCUUUCCUGCCUAGGCUAUGGGAACCUGAGCCCCAGCACUGUGGCUGGUCGAAUCUUCUGCAUCUUGUUUGCACUCUUUGGGAUCCCCUUGAACCUUGUACUUCUGAACGAAAUUGGGCAGCUGAUGCUGUUGGGGGUUCAGCAUUGUGCCCAUCACCUAGAGGAGGUGUUUCACUGGCAGAAAAAAGCUUCCCUCCUGAUUAAGACCUCUGCACUGGUAACUGGCUUGUUAUUGUUCCUCCUGCUACCUCCCUUGUUGUUCUCUGACAAAGAAGGCUGGUCUUAUGAAGAAGGUUUCUACUACUCCUUCAUUACUCUCACCACUAUAGGAUUUGGAGAUUAUGUGAUUGGGAUGAACCCAGACCGCACCUAUCCAGGCUGGUACAAGAACGUAAUCUCUCUGUGGAUCCUCUUUGGGAUGGCCUGGCUAGCACUGGUUAUCAAAUUUUGCAUCAACUUUCUAGAAAGUUCCAGUGACUUCUGUCAGUGCAACAAGAGCGGCACAGAGAUGGCAGAAGACUUAAUGGAUGGCAACAAAAAUAACAUGACGGGACUUCAUGAUGUGGAGAUCUGCAAUGACAAAGACACAAAAACAAAAGGAAAGGAUGAAUCUCACACCUACACACCUCCUACAGAAGCACUCUAG